AUGACUCCAGCUUCUUCAGCUUGUCCUGCAGUUGAUAAAGUGUUGGCAGCAGAAAACCCAUAUGAACUGAUGAUUCCCCUUGGAACGGUCUACUUUCCAGAGGAUCACACGGGCGAAGCAAUUGCAGCCGGACUUGCAGAUGCGCUCGCCUCCUGGGGACUCAGCGACGAGCAACAGGUCUGCAUCACCACAGAUAGCGGGACCAAUAUCAUCAAAGCCGCUGAGUUGAAUGGAUGGACAAGACUACAAUGCUUCGGGCAUCGAUUGAACUCGGCCAUUGAGAAAGUUAACCAAGACAAGCGAGUGGACAGAGCUAUUGGAGUCUGUAAAAAGGUAGUGGCUGCCUUCUCCUAUUCAUGGAAGAAGGACCUGGCAACUGCUCAGGAGGAGUAUCACUUGCCAAAGCACAAACUCAUCAGUGAAACACCAACAAGAUGGGGCUCCCGUCAACAAAUGGUGAAGCGGGUUCUGGAGCAGAAAAGGGCCAUCACAGAGGUCCUGUCAAAGGACAAGAAGACCAGGCCACUGAUUCCUACCUGGCAAGAUGUAGAUGUUUUAGAGUCUAUAGAUGCAGCUCUAAGCCCACUCCUCGAAUUCACUGAUGCAUUGUCCGGUGAAUCCUAUGUCAGUGUAUCAUUCCUAAAACCGGUGAUGCAUCUCUUCAACACCUCCAUCUUGAAGGAGUCAAAGGAUGACACAGAGCUCACCAGGACCAUAAAGACAACAGUGAUGGGAUACCUUAACAAAAAGUAUGAUGACCCAACCAUGGAUGAUCUACUUGACAUGGCAUGCCUCGUUGACCCAAGAUUUAAGCUUCAGUACACUAUGGAGGAGAAGAGAGAAUACAUCAAAGAGAGAGCUGUGUUGGAGAUGCUGAAGGGAGAGAGAGCUGAUGUGGUAAGGGAAGAGGAGUCCACAAAAGAAGUCAUGGGAGAUGCUUGUGCACCAGCCAAGAGAACAAAGCGGUCUCUGGCUAGCUUUUUUGCAAACAGGCCCACCACUACUACCAACACAGAAGGCUGA